AUCAAACAAAACCCACAAUGAGUUUAACACGAAGAUUUUCUGUGAAAUUUAGCAAUAUUUUAUACACAUUUGUUGCAUUUACGGUAGUGAUUUUUACCGUUGAUUUGCACGUACAAGCAAAGCAAGUGACACUGCUGCCUCUAACGGCCCAAAAGGUUUAUCAACUUUUAAGAAAAAAUUACAAUCUAGAUGCUAUACCGGAAGGAAGAGUAGUAACACAAGGCAUUGCAGCUGUUACAGGUUUUACUUUGGGUCUCAAGAAGGCCGUGGGUGCCGCCUUUCUUUACGAUAUAAUAACGGCCAAUAUAACGGAAGAUGCGUCGAAUCACACCGUACCCAUGUACUUGACACAAGAAAUAUGCUUUGGAUCUAGGGUAGCAAGGAGUCUUUAUGAAGCUGAGGCCAUAGCCGAAGCAUACAGUCGUUUGGAGGAAAAAGAUAAUACGCUACAAGCAGCUAUACGCAAAAGCCAAGAAAAGCGUGUAACAAAACCGAAAAGAAAUAGGACAAAAUACAACAAUAGAAGAAGACAAAAACGACCGCAAAGAAUAAAACUAAUAAGACCUAAUCAUCCAGAAAUAGUAACAGCUAAUACUUACGCAGAAACUGCUGCUUCAGAUGCCUCAGAACAGGUUGGCACACAAGCAUCGCAGCCUACUGCCGCGAAUACCGCAACAGGAGCAUUAGAAGAAACAGACUUAAAUGCGGGCACUAACAUGGAUACCACAUCCAGCACAACGACGAGUACGGAUAAUGAUCAGACUAUAACAUGUAUUGUAAUACAAAAACCAAAGCAAUAAUAAUCAACAACAACACCAAAAUAUUCUUCAAAAUGAGAUGAGAGUUUUAUUGUUAGCUUUUUGCAUCAAGAAACAAAAGAAUUAUUCUUAAGAAGUGUGUAACUGAAAUGCUCAGUCAGAUAAUUUUGGGUCAUACACACAGGCACACACUAACUUUUUAAAGUAACUAGACAGGUUUAAAUUUUGAAUUUGAAUAAUUAUGCUAAUGAGGUCGCAGCAGCACGCCAGCAUUAACAGAAGAGUGUUUUUACCUUUACAACAAACAGCCUAUUAACCAUGUUUCAUGUUACUACUGUAUUGUUAUUGUUGUAAAUCUUUAUCAUUAUAUCGAUACGAAGCACACAGCUUGACGAAAGUUCGUUAGCUAUUGAUGGCAGAUAACAAAAUUUAGUUGCUAGCUGUUUCACAGAAUUGAAUAAAAUUAAAUUCCAUGCCAUACUUACAUCCAUACUUUUAAACUUUUGGAUCGAAAAGCUAAAAGAUGUUUUCAUUUCAAUAUACAGAUUUAUGUAUUUGAUAAAUGGAUUUUGAAAUAUUUCCCUUCUUUAAUA